ACCGCGAAGCGGCCUUUUGUCAGCGCGCUCGGCCGGGAGAGCUCUCAUUUCCUCCCAGCCUCGUGCGGGAAAUGGAUUUAAUUCUGACCGCAGGGCUGUGAGGGACGAGCGGGAACGAGCGCCUUUUGUCAAGGAGCCGCAGCUCUGUGGUCUGCAGUUGCCACCGACGCGCAGGAGCUGCAGUGCUGGCGGAACCCGGCGGCUGACGAGUGCGCGGCUGCGGCAUGGGUAGAAAACACUGCUCUGCAGAUUAGCUGGGUGGAUUUUUAGGAGCAUCCUCCCCCCCCCAAAAAAAUCCCUCACAAAUAGCAAAACCCAACCCACAGCGGAAGACCAGAGAUGGAUGAGAUGCGGAGCAGGAGUUUCCACCCGGAUGUGUGAGGCCGUGUAGAUGUGGCCGGCACCCUGAGAGUGGAGCAGCGGGUGUAGACCGAGCACUGACAGGGAGCCCCGGACAGGGCUGGGCCAGCCUCCUGGGUUCCAGGAGCGGAUUGCAAACCUACCAGGAAAAUGAGUGACGAGGCGGUCCCCGAGGCUGCCUCCCCGCCGCCCCCGCAGGGGCAGCAUUACUUUGACCGCUUCUCUGAGGACGAUCCCGAGUACAUGCGCCUCCGCAACCGCGCCGCGGACCUGCGGCAGGACUUCAACCUGAUGGAGCAGAAGAAGCGCGUCACCAUGAUCCUGCAGAGCCCGUCUUUCAGGGAGGAGCUGGAAGGCCUCAUCCAGGAGCAGAUGAAGAAGGGGAACAACUCCUCCAACAUCUGGGCCCUGCGGCAGAUUGCGGACUUCAUGGCCAGCACCUCUCACGCAGUCUUCCCGACAUCUUCCAUGAACUUCUCCCUGAUGACGCCCAUCAAUGACCUCCACACAGCCGACUCCCUGACCCUAGCCAAGGGGGAGCGGCUCAUGCGGUGCAAGAUAAGCAGCGUCUACCGACUUCUGGACCUCUAUGGCUGGGCCCAGCUGAGCGACACCUAUGUCACGUUGAGAGUCAGCAAGGAGCAAGACCACUUCCUGAUUAGCCCCAAGGGAGUGUCUUGCAGUGAAGUCACGGCAUCCAGCCUGAUCAAGGUGAAUAUCCUAGGAGAGGUGGUGGAGAAGGGCAGCAGCUGCUUCCCAGUGGACACCACGGGCUUCUGCCUGCACUCGGCCAUCUACGCAGCCAGACCUGACGUGCGCUGCAUCAUCCACCUGCACACGCCGGCCACAGCAGCGGUGUCAGCCAUGAAGUGGGGCCUCCUGCCUGUCUCCCACAAUGCCCUGCUGGUGGGGGACAUGGCCUACUAUGACUUCAAUGGGGAAAUGGAGCAGGAAGCCGAUCGGAUCAACCUGCAGAAGUGCCUUGGACCCACCUGCAAGAUCCUGGUGCUAAGAAACCACGGAGUGGUUGCUCUAGGCGACACCGUCGAGGAGGCGUUUUAUAAGGUCUUCCACCUGCAGGCUGCAUGUGAGAUACAGGUGUCAGCCCUGUCCAGUGCUGGGGGAGUGGAGAACCUCAUCCUCUUGGAGCAGGAGAAGCACAGGCCCCACGAGGUGGGCUCCGUGCAGUGGGCCGGGAGCACCUUCGGGCCCAUGCAGAAGAGCCGGCUGGGGGAGCACGAGUUUGAAGCCCUCAUGAGGAUGCUGGACAACCUGGGCUACAGAACAGGCUACACAUACCGCCACCCCUUUGUUCAAGAGAAAACCAAACACAAAAGUGAGGUGGAGAUUCCAGCCACGGUCACAGCCUUUGUGUUCGAGGAGGAUGGCGCCCCGGUCCCCGCGCUGCGACAGCAUGCGCAGAAGCAGCAGAAAGAGAAGACCCGCUGGCUCAACACACCCAACACCUACCUGCGGGUCAAUGUGGCUGACGAGGUCCAGAGGAGCAUGGGCAGCCCCCGGCCCAAGACCACGUGGAUGAAGGCUGACGAGGUGGAGAAAUCCAGCAGUGGCAUGCCCAUACGGAUCGAAAACCCAAACCAAUUCGUGCCUCUCUAUACUGACCCCCAAGAAGUGCUGGAGAUGAGGAACAAGAUUCGAGAACAAAACCGACAAGAUGUGAAGUCGGCGGGACCUCAGUCCCAACUCCUGGCGGGCGUCAUCGCUGAGAAGAGCCGAAGCCCGUCUACAGAGAGCCAGCUGAUGUCCAAGGGUGAUGCAGAUACCAAAGAUGAUUCAGAGGAGAUGGUGCCCAACCCCUUCAGCCAACUCACUGACCAGGAGCUGGAGGAGUACAAGAAGGAGGUGGAGAGGAAGAAACUAGAACUCGAUGGAGAGAAGGAAACUGCCCCAGAGGAGCCUAGCUCACCUGUAAAGUCUGCCCCCACUUCUCCCGUGCAGAGCCCAGCCAAGGAGGCAGAGACAAAGAGCCCCAUGGUGUCUCCUUCCAAGACUUCAGAGGAAGGUGCUAAGAAGACAGAAACAAGCAAAGCCACCACAGAGCCCGAAACGACCCAGCCAGAGGGGGUGGUGGUCAACGGGAGGGAGGAGGAGCAGACCGCGGAGGAAAUCCUCAGCAAAGGCUUGAGCCAGAUGACCACCAACGCCGACACCGACGUCGAUGCCUCUAAGGACAAAACCGAGUCGGUCACCAGCGGCCCCAUGUCCCCAGAGGGCUCACCCUCCAAGUCUCCCUCAAAGAAGAAAAAGAAAUUCCGAACCCCCUCCUUCCUGAAAAAGAGCAAAAAGAAGGAAAAAGUGGAGUCCUGAUGCGUGACACCCUUGGGCUCCCUUCUACCUCCUCUCUUUCCUCCCUGUCCCUUCCUUCUCCCAUCUCUGUCCCUGGAAGCACAGGGCCAAGGAGGGAUAGACUAGGACCCUGGAUCACUCAGAGGGGAGACUUAAGAGAUAGCCCAACCAACCCCUCACUUUACAAUUGCCCCAGAGACAUCAGGUGACUUGCCCAAGGUCACACAGCUAGUUAGCGGCAGAGCCUGGGCUGGAAUUCAGGUCUCCUGACCUCCAGUCCAGUGCUCCCUCCACCACACAACACUGCCUGGUCCUGGGCCGCCUGGUUAGGAUGCUGCCCACCAAUCUGAGCCCGGGGCGAGAAGGCCAGAAAUGGGCUGUGAGCUCUCACAGGCUCAGGCUAAAUCAGACAGGUUGAGGCCUCCCCUGAGUGAGGUCCAUUUCUUCCCGGGAAUCCAAUCUCCCGCGGAUGGAGCUAUCUCCGCAUUUAGAAAUCUCUUCUCUUUUCCAUUUCAGGUCCCUGCCCUGUUGCUCAAAGUAACCAGACAAAUUAACCCACCUGCUCCUGAAAUUAAUCUUCGUUCCCAAGGGCUGAUGGCUUAGCUUGUACUUCCCCAAACGCUGACCCCGAGCUUUCUUCAUGGAACCUCCUGAAUGAUGUGUGGAAGGGCUGUAAGAGGUGGCAGACACAGGGCAAGCCUAGGAAGCCUGGGGCCGGGGGUGGUUUAAUCAAGAUAAGAAGCCAGGAACUUGACCCAUUUGAAUCAUGCAUCUCAGACGCUUAAAAAUGAAAACCAAAUUUAGCAUAGGAAAAAGUUGUCUCAUGCUCAGGGCAGAAAUUUGGGGAAAUUUUAAUCCCCUGUUGGCCUUGCGUUGUACAAGGAGGAUCAAAACAGCACACAGGAAACGCUAUGACUUUCUAGCUUUGCAUGACACACGGAGCAAUCCGCUGUACCUGCCUCAGUCCUGUCCAGCAGACAGGUCUCCCCUGACCCUCCCUCAAACCCACUUGCUCACAGACCGAAACUGGCAUCUUACCCUUGGCACCUUGACCUUGGCUCCUUCGGGGUUCCGACUCUGAGUUACUCUGGGUCCAGCAGGGGAGAAUCAGACAUGAGCCCUUCAGGAUUAAUCCUCUUGGACCAACUCUCAGAGAAAUGCUUGGGUGUCCCCAGCCCUGUCACUAUGUGUCCGUCCUGGGGUGUGGUAAUUGCCACGGCUAUUGUUUGAAAUGCCAACACUAUCUUUUCAUGUUUAUCCACGGGGCAUUGAUUAAUGAGCACUGUUGGCUCCUAAAAAUUAGACAAUCCAUUCUCUUUAAAGCACAGUGUCUUCAAAGGAUAUUUUUCCUCUUGUCCUGA